UGUGUAAGUGAGUGAGUGACUUCGCCAGUGGACUUGUGACCUGAGUGCUUCAGUCCAUCAGAGGCGGAGCUCCGACGGAGUCUCCUCUUCCGCUGAACUUCACCGCAGUCAGGAGGACACACGGCUCUAAAGCGAGAUGUUUAGGACGACUUGCGAGGACGGAUACAGCUCCAAAGGGCUCAGAAGGCAACAGGGGCUGAUCUAACACUGGCAUGUGAUGUCUCGAUUAAAUUAGCAGCUCCUGCUACGAUGUAAGAGUCAGAUAAGAAAGCAGCUACAGGUGUCUCAUGGCGACGAUGUCCCAAACAUGGUCCAUCUUCACUGCUGUUACAUUGCUGGCGGUGCAGUUUUGCAUAGGUGAGAAAUCCUGUACCAUCUGGUCCAGUGCUGGACCUUUGGUGCAGCGAGAAUCCAGUUUUAUGGUGUGCUGCACCUUUAACUGCAAGUGCAAGGGAUCCAUAGCCAGUGACCAUCCACCCAGACCACGGAGCCACACUGUGUUGAAUUCUACGACUAUAUGUUUAAAUGUAGUGAACAUAACAAAGAACAGAACAUACAGCUGCUACUGUAACUGUCCUUCACUGGACCCCUGUGGACUGGACAUCUCAGCUGGAUACCAACCAGAUCACCCUAAAAACAUUUCAUGCAUCUACAAGGUCAAAAAUAAUGAGAGUGGAGAUGUGUUCUGCACCUGGAACAGAGGACGGGACACGUAUCUUAUAAACAGACCAGAGCUGUGGGUGAGAACUGUAUCAGGAAAUCAUACAGGUGAACCAGUGUCGCACAAAGUCCCCAGUAAAGGGACUGAUUUGCUGUCAGUUAGUUUCACUUUGUCCAGAUCUGUCCAGCUCAUCUCUGUGUGGGUACAAGCUGAAAAUCCACUGGGCUCUGUAGUGUCCUCCACCAUGAACUACACUCUCAGCGACAUCGUGAUGCCAUCAACUCCUCUUCUUGGCCAACCCAAGUGCUCUUCCCGGGAGUGCACGAUCAAAGUGGAGCAGUCUGUGAGGACUCAGCACCUGGAGAUCCAAUACAAAGCAGCGGAACAGACAUGGACAUCUUAUCCAGACCAAGGCAUGCAGAUGGGUACAGUUCAGGACUGGUCCAUCUCCCCCCUGCAGCCCUAUGGCUUGUACCACUUCAGAGCUCGAUCCAAAUUUAGCACCGGCUUGUGGAGUCAGUGGAGCACAAACAUUUCCAGCUGGACUCAAGAGGAGGCUCCCGCAAAAGAGCUGGAUGUGUGGUACGCUGAAUCUGCAUCUGACUUGAAAUCCCAGAGAGUUUACUGGAAGGAGGCAAACAUUUCCAUCUCCAGAGGGAAGAUCAUAGAGUAUAAAGUCAAAGUUUACAGCCCAGACUCUGGAUUGGACAUUGUCACUAGCGUCAGUGCAGAUGCCAGGAGUUUUUCAGUCCCGACGUGUGCUAAUUGUGAAGUGACACUGUGGGCCCGAAACUCCAAAGGGCUGUCUCCUCCUGCUAGAAUUACACCACAUCACACGAAAGCCAAGUCCUUUCAGGAUGUGCAAGUGACAGCAGGCAACCACAAUGCCACCAUCUCCUGGAGAAAGCAUGAAACUGCAGCGCUACCUGCUGCGUAUGUGGUGGAGUGGUACCCAGAGGGUCACAAGCUGGAGGAGCUCAGAUGGGUCAGACUGGGCGGCAGUGAAGACCAUGCAGUCAUUACAGAUAUUAAGCCAUAUGAGUGCUACAUGGGAGCAGUGUAUGCUUUCUAUAACGAGAACUCAGUGAGCAGGUCCGUGUUUGCAGGUGUCACCACUUUGGAGUCAGCACCAACAGCUGGUCCACUGGUCCAAGAGAAGGUUCAGGGGGACACAGUGAAAGUGACCUGGACGGAGCUUCCCAGGAGCCAGCAGAGGGGUUGUAUCACCAAGUAUACCAUCUAUUUAGAGGACGGCAGCGGAUACCAGCAGCCCUACUCUAUACCAGCAUCGGACAAGAAGAUGUAUGUGAUUAAGGACCUGUCGCCAGCUGUCUACUGGCUGUGGAUGACUGCCUCGACUGCUACAGGAGAGGGCCCUGCGGGUCAAAAACUCAAGUUCUACAUCCAGCAGGAAACUCCACUUUCCCUCUUACUAGUGUGUAGUGUCAUCUCCCUGAUUGUGCUGCUUUGGCUGUGUCUGUGGCAGAGUUCGGCAGUAAGGCAGAAGUUCUGGGUGUUUUUCCAGUGCCUCAAACUUGAUAAAGUGCCAGAUCCUCAAAACAGCAAAUGGGCAAAAGAGUAUUCCCAGGAGAAGGGCAAGAUGAACCUGCAGCUGCAGCUGAGUAACUCCAGUGUACCUGAGGAGGAGGAAGAGCUCAUCCUGGUGGAUGUUGAGGAGCUGCCCAAGCAGAACAGUGACACCUCCACAUCUUCAAACGUCCCAUUGCAGCUCCUUCCUCAGGUCGGCCUGAGCCCAGAGACCGAGCAGGCCACAGUGCUGUACCCUCUGACAACCACUUACAUCAAGAGCUUGUCCCAGGACUCGGACAGCUCCGACCACACGCAGACCUCCCUGGACACAAACACAACCGUGGACUACAUCUCAUCACACGGGAUGGGAAUUAUGGAAGAGGAGGAGGAUGACGACGACGAGGAGGAGUUUGCAGAAAUGUUGGGUUUCUUCCCCAGUCACAACGUCUUCAUGGAGCCUUUGGAUUUUGGAGCAAAGUUGACACUGGAUGCAGUUAAAAUCGACUGUAGCGACCUCUUUCGGAACGCUUAGUGUUGAUCUGAAACCAGUUCGGUGAGAUGAGGUUUGACUGAGAACAACUUUUAGAGGAAGAUCUGAUGAAAGAAACGAAAGAGACUGGACUCAAUAAUGGGAGGUGGUGACUGGGUUCUUCCUUUUUUUCCUGCUUCGGAGUCAGUUAAUUUCUUUUUUUUUUUCUUGGAUCAUACAACUAGCUGGGUUGUGCAUGAACUACCUCUUUGCUUGUGGGAAUCAGAACUGUAACAUAGACAUUUGUCUUGCAGUUGUCAGAGCUUUUAUGCAGUAAUAAUAUUAGACUCAAGAUGUACUUUUCUUUUUCUUUUCAUGCAUUACCAUUGUUUUCUCUUCAGAAUGCAUAUAGACACACUAAUACCACAACCAGAGUGAACACAGCACGAGUUGCAAGAGUAAAUCAGAUAUUGAAAUUUC